CACAAGUUGCUUCAGUAUUUGGGCGAUGAUGUGGGACUGGUGCUGAACAUCUGACAAGUCAUCAGCGACCAAAAACAGGAAUCGCAGGAUGAACUCAGCAGCAAAUGUGGAAGGGUGAAUGUCUCGGGUCCAGAGGCCCUUCUUCAGGAGUGACCAUUUCGGAGCUCAAGAUGGCGGGAGGCCUGGGGCUUGGGGCCAGUAGCGGGUUCACCGCCGUCUACCGAACACCGCACCAGACGCGCUGCUCUUCUAGGGUAGCGGGGCUGUGAGGGAAAUGCAGUAUAAAGGGGAAACCUGAGCGAAACUGGAAGUGAAACGUAUUCCUACAAACCGAGGGCGGCCUCUGCGGAAAGUCCCGUCUCGAAGCCAAUCAGCAACUGCCAACAAUUUGAAAUGCGGGUGGGCGGGGAAUGUCCGUUAACGAUCAGCGCGACGGAUCGAGUGAUCCUAUAGUGUGAGGGGAGAUCGAGUGACCCCAGGAGUUGUGUGUGUGUGUGUGUCAGGGGGAGAUGGAGUGAUUUCUAAUAACAGGCGCAGACAGAAACAGAAAGUAUUGCAGCCAAUUGUGAAGUUGAUCAGCAUGGAAGCCCGUCCCCCAUGAGUUUUUUUGGGAAGACCUCGAUAGGAUUGGCCGUUGUUGUUUUCCUGUGACAUUAACUGUUCCAAUUAUGCAAAUAUACCAGUUUUAAAAUUUGAUACUUUUAACUUCAUAAUGGAGGGCUAGACUCACAUGGGCGUAUUACCUUUUUUGGAAGGAGCUUUGUUUCCCUUCACUCAGUUUAAUUUUUUUUGGAUGGAGGACUAGGUACCAUGUUGAAUUGAAACCCUUGCACUGAUCAUAAUUUAUGAAAUUUUGUUUCCUUUGAUCCCUUACUUUUUGCAGUACAACAUUUGGUAGCAUGUUAAACAAAAAUUUCUUAUGCUACAUUUCUGGACAAACAUAGGCUAUAAGAAAGAAAUGAAGAAAUUUAAAAAAUGGAUUUGUAUUAAUAAAAAAACUUCUUCACUCUUGGAAUUAAAUUCAAUUACAUGAGCAAAGCCAUCUCUCAGUUUUGAAUAUUAAAGUGCCUGUUACAGCUAAGUGCAUUGUUCUGAAUGCUCAAAUAACCUGUUGCGAAUUAUCAGGAUUUGAAGGAACCAAAAAGAUCCACAAAUUGAGAAAAUUAAUAGUCAAAAAUUUAAAACUUAAUUUUUCACCUAACACCAAAGCAGAUCACUUGGUCCUGCUCUUGUUCCUGAGGGACCUUGCUAAAUUGUCUGCCAUGUUUCCCACAGAAUUAUAACAUUUCAGAACUACUUGGGAGGAUCCAAAGUUUUACUGUUAAUAGGUAUGUCAGCUUUUUUUUAUCUUGGCUUUCUUCUUUCUUUCACAGAAUUUUUUUUCCAUUAUGGCUCUCUUUUAACUCCAAAUCAAAAAUCCUGAUUCUUAAUUCACCUUGAGAGGAAACCAGACACAGCAUAUAGAUGUUCUAGUUUAGCAUGCUGCUAAAUGUGGGCACUGCAGUUUUCUCUCCAAAUGGGGCGAUAUUAGCAUUUUAAUAAUUUCAGAGUCCCUAUGUGGAACCUCCUAGGUUUGGGUUGGAUUCAUUCGCUUCAUUAUUUAACUGCAGUCUGACAUGCAUUGUAAUACUUAUCCACUCCCAUGUACAUGACUCUCACCAGCCUGACUUCAAAUUGAGAAACAUUUUUGUUUUGACAAGCUGUUAACAAAGCUCCUUCCAAAAAAGGUAAGCCCUCAUUCUAUAUAAUACUCCUAAUGAAUAUAUUACAAAAUCAGAAUUUUGGCUACUUCAGAAUUGGCAGAGAUCAAGAGCUGCAGUAUGAUUUGUCCUCAGAACUUUACCGCAUUUCAACAUUUGCUCACUUUCCUUCAAAUGCUUUGGUGUCUGAAAGGAGUCUUGCACGUGCUGGAUUCUAUUACACUGGUUUAAGUGAUAGAGUGCAGUGUUUCAGUUGUGGAAUCACUGUUGACAAUUGGCAAAUGGGUGACAGUGCUAUUGAAAGACACAGAAGAUGCAACCCAAACUGCAGUUUUAUUCAGAAUCUGCCUUCAGUUGUUGAACACUUCUCGGUUCGUUCCACAUUUUCUCCACCGAGUGCGACCUCUUUGCAAUCACCCUUUCAUGAAAAUGGAGCUCAUAUUGGAUUAGAGUACAGCAGUCCUAGUGAUCCAGUUGUCUCCAGAAGUGUGGAAAAUAUUUCUCAUCAGUUGAGAUAUCCGCAGUACAGUGCAGCUAUGUGUAGUGAAGAAAUGAGACUGCAAACCUUUCAGAAUUGGCCCUCUUAUUCUUCUUUAAUUCCUGCAGAGCUAGCCAAAGCUGGAUUUUAUUAUACUGGGGAAGAAGAUAGGGUUGCAUGUUUUGUAUGUGGUGGAAAGUUAAGUAAUUGGGAACCUGGAGAUCAUGCAACAUCUGAACAUAGAAGACACUUUCCUUCAUGUCCCUUUGUUUUGGGGAAUCAGAUGGGUAACAUUCCAAUGAGUAAUACAGAAUCACAAAGACCGGAAGAAAGACCUGAAACAGUUCGAGCUAUGCAUCCACGACAUCCUGAGAUGCAAUCUUAUGAUACUCGACUACAGACUUUUUUGAGAUGGCCAGUCAGGAAUUUUAUUCAACCUGAACAAUUAUCCCGAGCUGGAUUCUACUAUGUUGGGCAAAAUGAUGAUGUGAAAUGUUAUUAUUGUGAUGGUGGCCUGAGGAGCUGGGAAGCUGGAGAUGAUCCAUGGGUGGAACAUGCAAAGUGGUUUCCAAGAUGUGAAUAUCUUCUUCAAGAGAAGGGACAGACAUUUGUACACCAAAUCCAGACAAGAUUUCCAAAUCUAUUUGAUCUUCAGCCGCAUUCCAGUUCGGAUGACAUUUUGGAGGAAACUCAGAACGCAGUUGUUCAUUUUGGAGUUGGGGAAAAUCGAUCCGAAGAUGCAAUUAUGAUGAAUACGCCAGUGGUUAAGGGUGCUAUGGAAAUGGGUUUUGAUCGAAGACUCGUGAUGCAGACUGUUCAACGAAAAAUCCUUACAAGUGGAGAGAAUUACAAAUCUGUUAUUGAACUUGUCACCGACUUGCUGAAUGCCGAAGAUGAAGAAAGACAGGAAGACAAAGAAAGAAGAUUGGAAGAAGCAGUUGAAGAUGAUGUAAUGUUGCUGAAGAAAAAUUGUGCUGCUUUGAGUCAGAAUUUGACAAAUGUAGUAUCCUUACUUGAUGAUCUAGAAACACGAAGUUUAAUUGAUAAAACGGAAAGUGAAAUGAUUAAACAAAAACAUCAGACAAAUGAACAAGCCAGAGAGCUGCUUGAUACAAUAAUUCGCAAAGGAAAUGCAGCUGCUGAGGCAUUUAGAGAUGUCCUUUUGGUUAAUGAACCAGAAUUACAUGAGAGGUUGUAUGUUAAAAAGAAUUUGCCUUAUUCAACAUCAUCAUCUGAUCUGAUGGGCUUGACCAUGGAAGAACAAUUGCGAAGGUUGCAGGAAGAACGAACUUGUAAAGUGUGUAUGGACAAGGAGGUCUCAGUUGUGUUUAUAAUGUGUGGUCAUUUGGUUGUUUGUACAGACUGUGCCCCAUCCCUGAGGAAGUGCCCAAUCUGCCGUGGUACCAUAAAAGGAACGGUUAGGACAUUUUUGUCCUAACCCUGGUAUCUAGCUUAAUGCUAUGAUAAGGAGAAUAUUUGUUCAGAACAGUUGAACUGAUAGUUUAGGUAACUCUAUGUUAAAAAUUGAAUUUCUAAGAGACAGUGUACAGUCUUUUGGUCUUUCAGCUCUUUGAAUAAGUUGGGAAAUCUGCUUAAGUAGUCUAAUUAUAACGAAUACCUCUUCAGUUUGCCUUGUAUUGUGAUCACAUUGUUUAAUAAGCUGUAGUAAAUUGAUGUGCAGUUUUAUUUUGUGCAAAAGAAUGCCAUCAUCUGUACUUAACCGAAUCUAAUGACGACAUAUAAUCCAUCCUUAAUUGUAUUCCAAUUACCAUCUGGUAUCAAUUGACCAAUUACUAGGAUAAAACAAGUUCAUAUUUUUUAUAAUUAUAAUUAAUUUUUUAUAAUUAUUUGUCACCUAAUUGGAUUAUAGGUCAUCCUUUCACUGGUUAUUCAGCUGUUGAAACUUGAUUCACUGUCUAACAUUCUUGGUCAUCAGACAUUCCAUUCACACCAGUUAUAUGAUCUUUUGAUCUCUGCCUACGUGUGUUGUUCUGUCUCCUUGAGGUGACAAAGGGGCUUAUCGUGGUGUUCUGACUGGUGUUUUAUUCCUAAAACAUGGAUGUUGUUUCUGUAAAUAGCAUGUUUAAAUUACUUGGUACAUGAGGCAUUCAGGUAAGGGACAAGUGUCCUCUGUCCAUGAAAAUCUAAAGUCCGGAUAGCUCCUAGCGCACUGAAAGGUCCGGUUCUCUCUCUCCUCCCCCCCCCCCCCCCCCCAAACCCCCGGACAUGCAUAUGACAGCCACCACAAAAAUCAAAUAGCAAAUUAUUUUAAAAAUCUUUGUGGCCACUCUCUGGAUAAAUGUUGAGGGGAAUUUAUAUAGAUACAUUUUAACAGGUAGCAGAUAUGAUGGAGAAAAGAAAAGGUUAUGAAUGAGGAAAGUUAGGAAGAUCCUCAAGUGGAGGAUAAAUGUUGCAUGAUUGGGGCCAAGUGGCCUGUUGUAAGUGCUAUAUAUUGUAAUUAUGGAACAAUUUCUAAACAAAAAAUCCAGUGUGAAUAAGCCUACCACCAAAUGUGUGACUGCUUUAUAACUAUUAAUGUAUUUGGAUUGGUGUUGAAAAUGGGCAUUAAAUGAACAGGAAUGUCUUCUGUAUAA